CUACCUGGUACCUGAGGUCCUGUCUGUGUCCAGCAUGAGUAACAUCUAUGAGUCUGCAGAGGCGACCCUCGGCCUGUGCAACUCUUCCUGUCUGACCAAGGUUGAGCUGAGAGUGGCUUGUCGAGGGAUCUCAGACCGAGAUGCCCUUUCUAAACCAGACCCCUGUGUUGUACUCAAGAUGCAGUCACACGGGCAGUGGUUCGAGGUGGACCGGACAGAGGUGAUUCGUAGCAGUAUCAAUCCAGUGUUUUCCAAGGUGUUUCUGGUUGACUUCUACUUUGAGGAGGUUCAGCGUCUUCGCUAUGAGCUACAUGACAUCAGCUCCGCUCACAAUGGACUCAGAGACACAGACUUCCUCGGAGCUAUGGAGUGCACGUUGGGACAAAUCGUGUCCCAGAGGAAACUGUCCAAAGUGUUACUUAAACAGGGAAACACUACCAGCAAGUCCUCCAUCACAGUAACAUCAGAGGAGUUAUCAGGUAAUGAUGACUACGUAGAACUCUCCUUCAGCGCUCGCAAACUAGACGACAAGGAUUUCUUCAGUAAAUCAGAUCCGUUUUUGGAAAUCUUCAGAAUAAAUGAUGAUGGCAGCGGAUCACUAGUUCACAGAACUGAGACGGUGAUGAAUGACCUCAGCCCGGUGUGGAAGUCAUUCAAGGUCUCUCUCAACACACUAUGUAGCGGAGACCAUGACCGCCAACUAAAGUGCACAGUGUAUGAUUGGGACUCCAAUGGGAAGCACGACUUCAUUGGAGAGUUCCAGACCACCUAUAAGGAGAUACGCACAGACCUGGAAGGGAGACAGAUGCAAUGGGACUGUAUAAACCCUAAGUACCAGGUGAAGAAGAAACACUACAGAAACUCUGGUGUCGUCGUCCUCAACCACUGUAAGGUCAUCAAGAUGUAUUCUUUCCUGGAUUACAUCAUGGGAGGCUGUCAGAUCCAGUUCACAGUGGCCAUAGACUUUACAGCAUCAAAUGGAGACCCCGGAAACAGCUGUUCUCUCCACUACAUCCAUCCGUACCAGCCCAAUGAGUACCUGAAAGCCCUGGUGGCUGUGGGAGAAAUAUGUCAAGACUACGACAGUGACAAGAUGUUUCCAGUUUUUGGGUUUGGAGCUCAGAUCCCACCUGACUUUAAGGUGUCACACGAUUUUGCCGUGAACUUUGAUGAAGACAAUCCGGAAUGUUCCGGUAUCCAGGGUGUGGUGGAAGCCUACCAGGCCUGUCUCCCUAAGAUCCAGCUGUACGGACCGACCAACAUUGCUCCCAUCAUACAGAAAGUUGCUUCUUCUGCCUCAGAGGAGAUGCACACUAUGGAAGCUAUGGAGUAUUUCAUCCUAUUGAUCCUAACAGAUGGAGUGAUAACAGACAUGGCUGACACUAGAGAAGCUAUAGUACAUGCUUCCCACCUACCCAUGUCUGUCAUCAUAGUAGGAGUGGGAAACGCUGACUUCAGUGACAUGCAGAUGCUGGAUGGAGACGAUGGAAUACUCAGGUCCCCAAAAGGAGAACCUGUUCUCAGAGACAUUGUCCAGUUUGUUCCCUUCAAAGAUUUCAAACACGCGUCCCCGGCUGCGCUAGCUAAGAGUGUGCUAGCAGAGGUGCCCAAUCAGGUGGUGGAUUACUACAAUGCCAAAGGAAUCCAUCCCAAAUGUCUGUCUGACUACGACGAAUCUACCAGACCCUUCAGCCCCUGACCACACACAUACACACGUAUUCAUCACACACACAUUAAACACACACACAUACACAUGUUAUAAACACAAACUAAUACAUACUCACCCAUACACCCUGCAUACAGUAGUGUAGCUCAGAGAAGUAGUUUGGUGGGUUUAACUAUCAAUCAUUCAAAUGUGUUUAGAAAGGCCGGAACCUAGGAAGAAAUCUAGAAAGGAAGCAGGCUAUGAGGGGUGGCCAGUCUCCUUCUGGCUGUGCCGGGUGGAGAUUAUAACGAUCAUUCAGAGUUUCUC